AUGUCAUCAGAGGAGGAUCAGCCAAAAUCUGUGAGCGCCCCGCCCUUGUUUCAAUGCCCAAUAUCCUUAGAACUCAUGACUGACCCCGUCACUGUGUGCACGGGACUCACUUAUGACAGAUCUUCAAUUCAGCAAUGGCUGUGUCCAGGAAAUGAUAUCUGUCCACUCACAGGCCAGACGCUCCAUUCGCGAGAGCUCAUCCCUAAUCACACCCUUGCCGCCCUUAUAUACAAAUGGCGCCUCACAAAUCCAUCAGAUCCUGCAGUGGAGGAGAACAAAAAGCUGCAGCAUAUGAUAGAGCAGAUCGACAAAGGAGGCGCCUGUAGAAUCGAGGCCUUAAGACACUUGAAGAUUUUAGCCAGGGACAAAAGCAUCAGAUCGCAUCUGCAAUCAGAGGGCAUUUUACCCUCUCUGAUUCGUGUGAUAGAACGCUUUGAUCCAAUCCAUCCCGCUGAAGAGGAAGUGGAAGCUGUGCAAGAAGCCAUCGCAGCAAUCGUAUUGCUUUCUGUAGACGAUGCGAUUUGCCCAAGAGAUCUGUUGAGGAGUCCAGCGAUUCGAACCGUCGAAUGGGUGUUGGCGAAGGGCGAUCUGGAGUCCAGAAUAAAUUCGGCAACCCUUGUGGAAAAGCUGGCCAAAUUGGACGACACAGCCGCUAUGGAAAUCGGGUCCAUGGACGGGAUAACAAAUGGGCUUUUAACGUUGCUCGAACAGAAUAACACGAAUCGUUCUGGUCUAAGGGCUUUGGUUCCUCUGUGUCGUGUGGUUGCGUAUCGGGUCAAGCUAGCGGAGGAAGCUGGAGUCAUUUCUCGUUUGAUUCGAUUUGUUAGCGUUUCAGAGAGAGCUGUGAUCGAAGCAUCCAUGGCUAUUCUGGAGGGCCUUUCAACUGUUGUUCAAGGCCGAUCUGGGAUAAUGGCGGAUUCUUUGGCAGUGCCCACGAUCGUUAGAAGUCUGCUGCAUGUGUCCCGUGUCGCUACUGCCCAUGGUGUUGGGAUAUUGUUGAAUGUUUGUAAGAACUGUAAUAGAGAAGAUGAGAUCAGAGAUCUUGUCAAGACGGGCGUUUUGCAGAAGUUGGUGGCGUUGCUUCACAUGGAUUGCGAGCCCAGAACCAAACGACGUGUUAAUUAUCUUAUCAAAUUUCUGUCCCCUCUGCAAGACUAUGAUUCCUGCGCCCAGUUCGUUAUUCACCUAUAA